AUGAGCGAAGCUAGCUCGCCAGACACGGACGCAGAGAUCGCAGAUGUAAAAUGGUCCAAAUCAAAAAAGACUCUCAAACGGAAACGACGAGCCACCGAGCCUUCUCAGUUUGGCGCCACACUUCAGUCAUUACUUGACACUGAAGCCCCUUCUGCUCUACCUCUUUCCCUCAAGCCCUCGGUCAACAGGCAAAGAACUAACGCCAAACUUGAGCUAAAAGCAAAAAAGGUCCUUCAGGUCGAAAAGAAGGAGAAGGAAGAUAAAGGUCACGUCACAGAUGUCAUUGGCGGCUGGGGAGGUGAGAGUGAGCGGGCUUUGCGUAAAGUAGCCCAGCGAGGUGUUGUGAAGCUGUUCAACGCUAUCCAACAAUCUCAAACCGCUGCUGUCAAAGCUGCUGAAACCGACAAGGCCUCGCGCGGGACUGGAAAGCCUUCGCUGCCGGCGCCAUCGUUUGAUAAGCAGGUCCGAAAUAAGGGCAAGGGCAAGAGCAAGGACAAUAUACUUGGAAGAGGGAAGGAAGUUGCAUUAGGCCAAGAGGACUUCUUCAACAUGAUCAGAGCUGGAGGGAUUGUUUCCAAAACCUGA